AUGCUUUGUAGAUAUGCGGAUGCUAGUGGAGCUGGCAAUGACGUCUAUGAAUUUGUUAAAGCCAUUGGUAAGUUCAAGGAAACAAAGCGCACUGAUUCAAUCUCUACGUCAGAUCUCAUAAUGAGGAUUCUCAAGGACUACAACAAGUAUGUUAUGCGCAACUUGGCUCGUGGAUAUUCAAGGAAGGACCUUGGUGUGAGCUACGUGAAGGAAAAGCAAUUAAGAGUGAACAUGGGAAUCACAAAAUUGCGCGAGAAAGUGAAGGAGCAUCAGGAAAAGUUGCAUACAGUAGCAAAGACAGCCGGAAUGAAUCCCAACGAAUGGUUGGAGAAGUGGGUGGAGAACGCGGAUCGCUGGGUUGCUGGCUUUCUUGAGAAGUUUGAGGAAAGUUGCCACAUUAUGGAAACUGCUAUUAAAGACCGAAUCCAGGAGAGUUUGAGGAAGCAAUCCAGCAAAGAACUAAACGCCAGCAUCCUUGAAGAACCAGUAGCAUCAUGAUAUUAUUGCAUAUAAACGUUACUUCUUGAGCGUAACCCUCCCGCUCCUUAACGACAACUCUGGCUGUGAUCAAUGCCCUCCCUCGUAAGAUUUGUCGAGGAUAUUGUAUUUUUGCAUUUUCCAUCUAGGAACUAUAGUUUGGCCUUGUCAAGGGAUCAGGAUAUUUGUGUUGGGGGCCUGUAGGCCGUAGCUAUUCGUGGAACUAGUUCUUGUAUAAUUUUUACAUCCGAUGGAGUUGAUACCGUAUGAAGUUUUGAAUAUGGAUCUGUUGGUGCGUUGCCUGAUCAGCCUAGCUGUUCUUCUUGUAGAUUCCUGGUACUUGAUCUAUAGUCUGGUUAUGGAGAUAUGAACAUUUGUCGCU